AUAAUAACAAUAGCAGACGAUUGUUGCACAGUUGUAAUAGCGAGGCAUGGCAAUGCUGAUUUAAGCAGACGGUGUUUCAUUUGACGUUUUGUGUACGCACUUUGACUUGAAAGGACCGUUUUUCAAUUUAACCGGUUACCAACAAUUUUUUCAAAAUGUCGUUGGCCGAUGAAUUACUUGCUGAUUUGGAAAUGGAUGAUGGAGAUGACGAUCACAUCAUGGAUCAGCUCCCAGAGCCUAUGGAUGAAAUAAAAACUGAAAUCAAACAAGAAUUCUUUGUUGCACCAGUUGCCAAACUGACUCUCGAUGAUGUGUGUAAACUAAGAAACUCACCCCAGCUUGUCAGCAUUCUAGAACAAAUUGAAAAAUACUGUGAACAAAAUCGUACAUCAGACAAUAUUCAGGGACCAGUUGAAGCUGAUCCUGAGUAUCAGUUGAUUGUAGAAGCUAAUAAUCUAGCAGUGGAAAUUGACAAUGACAUUAUUGCAAUUCACAAAUUUGUAAGAGAUUUGUAUGCCAAAAGAUUUUCUGAGUUGGAAUCAUUGGUAGUGAACCCACUUGAAUACAUCACUACAGUCAAAGAGCUUGGAAAUGAAAUCAGCCAAGCCAAGCACAGUUCAGUUUUGCAGCAACACCUCACUCAAGCAACUAUUAUGGUUCUCUCAGUAACUGCCUCAACAACUCAAGGGAAACCCCUGGACUCUACGGAAAUGGACAGAGUCAUGGAAGCCUGUGACACUGCUUUGGAAUUAGAGAAAUGUAAAUCCAGAAUCUAUUCUUACGUGGAAAGCCGCAUGACAUUCAUUGCACCCAAUUUGUCCGUCCUAGUUGGGGCUCCAAUUGCUGCGAAGCUAAUGGGUGUGGCCGGUGGUUUAACAGCUCUUUCUAAAAUGCCAUCAUGCAACAUUCAAUUACUUGGCAACCAAAAGCGAACUUUAUCCGGAUUUUCACAGACAGCGACCCUGCCUCACACGGGUUUUAUUUUUGAAUCGCCUAUCGUACAAGAUACUCCUCCUGAUUUGAGACGUAAAGCGGCUCGCUUGGUUUCGUCAAAAUGUACUCUGGCUGCCAGGGUAGAUGCGUUCCAUGAAAGUGCCGAUGGUUCUGUCGGUCGCAACUUCCGUGAAGAUGUCGAACGAAAAUUAGAUAGACUGCAAGAGCCUCCACCCGUGAAAGCAAUUAGGCCUUUGCCCGCCCCGCUAGAAGCCCCGCGAAAGAAACGUGGUGGAAAGCGUGUUCGCCGAAUGAAGGAAAAGUACGCCCAGACCGAAAUGAGAAAACAAGCCAAUCGCAUGACGUUCGGAGAAAUUGAGGAAGAUGCUUACCAAGAAGAUUUGGGUUACACCCGUGGUAUGAUGGGCAAGGGCGGACCAGGACGCAUCCGAGGUCCGACCAUUGACGAAAAGACAAAAGUUCGUAUUUCAAAGGCCCUCCAAAGGAAUCUGCAACGUCAACAAGCCUAUGGAGGAGCAACCACUGUCAAACGUCAAGUGGCUGGUACAGCUUCCUCUGUGGCCUUUACUCCGCUCCAGGGUCUUGAAAUUGUGAAUCCCCAAGCGGCUGAGAAGAAAGUCAGCGAAGCCAACAUUCGUUACUUUUCGAACCAAGGUACAUUCUUCAACGUAAAAGACGUCAGCUCAACGCCAUUACCUGGAGGCAGUUCAAUGAAAAGAGAAUAAAUCGCGAUGACCCUCAUUUUUCGCAUUAGGUUUUAUUCCGCUCCGUUGUCUAUUGGGGAGAGUAUAUGUGUGUGUCAACCUACUGAAAUGUCCCGUUAUUUUUUCUCUUUUUUUUCAUGCACACGAUUUUUUAUUUGCUGAUUGCACUUGAAAAGAUUUCAUACACCAUGAUGCUUCCUAGUAA